AUGGGUGUAGAGAUUAAAGCUACAAAGAAGACGAAUUUCAAGAAAAUCAACCGCGAUAAAAACAUAUUGAACUCCAUUCCAACCGCUCUCAUCACAGAAAUUGUAGCUCGUGUAGCAGCAUGUUCGUCUGAUGACUUGUUCAACACCUCUCUAAGCUGCAAAACUCUGAAAAAAAUAGCGGAUGAUAAAUAUAUCAUUCAACAUGUUUCACUUGACAAAUUCUCCGUGAUUCCAUGGACAUCGAAAGAGGAGGCUAUCCUGGACCGCUGCGCCAGCUGUGAAAAUCCAGAAGCUCUGUACCGGCAUGGAAUUAUAAAGUACUUUGGAAUCAAGAAGGAUUUAAAAAACUCGGGCCUCAAAUAUCUGCUAAGGGCUGCAGAUUUACGGCAUCUUGGGGCAAUGUAUGUGAUUGGGAUUAUCAUGAUAGUAGCUGGAGGUGAAGGUAAACAAACGGGGAUAAAAAUCAUCUGCGACGCGAUGAAGAGAUUAAAGACAUCGAGAAAAGAAAUUAGAGAAAUUCGGGAGAAAUUUUCGAGCACAAUUGGUCGAAUGUGGGUGAAAAACACAACGGGGGUGGAACAGAUAAUUAGGCCAGUUUGUUGCAGAAUUCACCAACUUGCGAAGCCUGCAGGGUGGGAUGAGGACGAAGAUGUUGAUUUAGAAUGUGAAGCAUGUUGGUGUGAUCAACAAAUAUUCCGUCUGUGGGAUGUUAUACCUUAUUACAUCUAG